GAGGCAGUGCAAGGCUCCACGGCUGUUGGACACACAGGACGGUACAGCAUGUCAAAGAUGAUCCUCCUCGUAGCCCUAGUCCUCACUCUGUGCGCCCUCACAUUAAGGGUUGAUUGUGCCGCUGCAGGAAUUGACUGGUGUUACGAUCUCCCAACCUGCAAUGACAACAACUGGGCAACCAUCGCUCCCAAAUAUUGUAAUGGCUCCCGACAGUCGCCCAUUAACAUUAACACAACAGCUGCCAAAACUGAUGAAAACCUGACAGAAUUCACCUUUACCAACUUCAGCAGUACCACUGCACAGGAAACCCUUGAAAACACCGGCAAGACAGUCAAGGUUAACUUGGCAAGUGGUGUUCAGAUUUCAGGAGGAGGUCUCUCCGAAGCCUACAGCAGCCUGCAAUUCCACUUGCAUUGGGGAAAUGGCCCCUCAAUCCCAGGCUCUGAGCACACAGUGGAUGGCAAGCGCUACCCCAUGGAGUUGCACAUUGUAAACAUCAAGUCCUCCUACAAUGGCAACUUAACCCAGGCGCUUGCAGACUCCACAGGACUCGCUGCUCUUGGUUUCUUCAUUGAGGAGAUGUCAGGCAAUGCCACUGGCGAACCUGCAAGCUGGAAGACCUUGACCUCCUAUCUGGCUAACAUCACAAACAAAGGUCAAACUUUCACACUUCCUUCUGGAAUCUCACUGGAUGACCUCCUUGUUGGGGUGAACCGUGCAAAGUACUAUCGUUAUCUUGGCUCCUUGACCACCCCUGCUUGCAAUGAGGUGGUCGUUUGGACAGUGUUCAAGGAGACGAUCAAAGUCAGCAAGGAUCUGAUCGACCUCUUUAGCAAUACAGUACACAUCAACGACAGCUCAUCGGCUUUAAUUACGAAUGUCUUCAGACAGAUCCAGCCAGAUCAACCAGUCACAACACAGGCUGCAAGCUCUGCCUCCACAACCUGCUACUCUAUGGGGCUGAUGGUGCUCAGUUUUGCUCUGUGGAAGAAUCUGUGAUCAAAUACAAUCCAGCAACUUAUUUUGUCCUGGGGAACCUGUUUUUUUUCUGUGAGAUUUUGUCUGACUUUAGGCUUGUCCAAGAUUGUGUAGUGUUGGUCCUGUCUGCAGAAAGCCCCCAUUAAAAUACACAAAGACAAAUUUGGUGUUCCAGCCUCUUGUAUUUUCAGAUUGUAUCCGGUUGAGUGGCCCUCUUGGCAGGGUAGAGAGAAAAAUUUAGACCAAGUAAUUACAAGAGGAAAUUACUAUUGGCAAUAUCAUAUGGGGGAUAAUUAAUUAUAGGAAUUGGAUCAAAGGGACAGAAAACAAACAAUGGCAGGGACAGAUAACUCUCCACAAGUGUCUCAGUGUUUAAAGAUACAGGAUUCUGACAAGUCAAGCUGGUUUCACUGUGGUAACAGCACAUGAUACAUUGAUUGCACGACCACUCCCUGCUUCUCUCUCUGCACAAGCAGCAGAGCCACUGCUCUCAUUGACGCAUGCUAGUUGGCUAAAGGGAAAAGGGUGAAUAGAAUACCUACACUGACAGUAGAUAUGCAUUUGGUGCAGUGCAUGAUUUUGGCAAAGUUUGGAAACACAUACAAUUCCUUACAUCAUCAGGCAAACCAAUUGCACAUCAUUCUCUGGUGACUCAGAGGCUUGAUGCUACUGCCCUCCCCAAACAGGUUGCAGUCUGCAAAUGCGAUGCUCACACUUCUAAUAAUAAGCCAGUGUCACAUGGGAAUUCCAGAGCGGCCUCAACCACCCCCUAGGCUCAUCUAAAGGAACUCCAACUUAGAGCCACAGGGGAUGAGCGUGCGUUUUGGAAGAAAUGUCACUGCACAUACAGUAUACACAUCCUCCACCUGACAAAUCAUUUGAGCAUUUACAGAUGUCAAGGGAAAAAGUACUGCUUGGUUAUAGUUGACAUGUUUUCCAACUGAGUUGAAGUUUUCCCCACAUCUAAACAAGAAACAGGUGUUAAUACAUAAAGUCUGCACUGAAAUACUUGUCAUAAAUUCCCUUAAUGCAACAUGAGAUGACUUUGUUCUUUUCCAAUGUAGCUUGAUGUAAUAGUAAUGUUAUCACGACAUUGUUCAAAGGUCAAAUUAAAUAAUCAUGGUUGCUGCUCUAAUGAGUUGACCCUCAUAUGUUGUCAUGUUAAUUACAAUAAAUAUUCACAAGCUUUCAUUUGCAAACUUGCACAUCUUGCAUUCACGAUAUGGACAACAGCUCACAUCCAGGGUUGAGCUGACAAGGCUAUUUUCAGGUGCCUGAGAAUGGGAUAUUGCUAAAAGUUUACUGAGUAGCUUUAGCAAUGGUGAUUUUGAAAUUAUUUCGUCAACGCAAUCCGAGUGUGGCAAUAUUUGGUCGCCAUUUAAAUCUGCCUGAUACAUGUAUCUGUCUUGAGAGUUUAAAAUUGGUUGUUACAUUUUGGCAAAGUUUUUGGUUGCUAUAUUACUUUAUGUUUUGCUAUAUUUUGUCCUCAUCGGUGGAUGUAUUGUUUGCACAUGAAAUGCAGCCAAAUUAUCAAGCUGAUCAUUCAAAGUGUAAUUGAGGUCUGUGAUGAGAUUUACAACUUGUUUAACCCUGUGUUUAACUACUUGAACAUGUAGCAAAACUGUGAGUUAUUAAAUAUCUUAAUUAGAA